CAAUUGGAGGACGAACCAAUAACGUAGAGGAGUGCCUGUCGUAGAUGAGGUACGUUGGGAUUCCAAAAUGAGUGAUCAUAUGCUCCGAUCAGCUGUUGUAAUUGCUCUUCUCCACCUCAAUUCGUCGGGAAUAAACGGUUCUGUUCCCCACCGCUCUGCCCUCGUCGCUUCAUAAAACUCCUUUAUCCUCCACCUCGAAGUCCUCCAAAACAAGACACCGGGUCAAUCGCAUCAGUACAAUGUCUGCCAAGUCCAUCAGAGAGUACGACGGAAAGUGCAUCCUUGCCCAUUGGCUCAACCGCGCUCCUGCGGUCAACUCCACCGUCGAGUACAAGACCCCCUCCCAGGUCCCUGCCACCAAGCUCGCCGCCAUCGCCUUCCCCUCCCCCUCCGACUUCACCACAGAGGACAAGUUCGACGAAGCUGCCUACGCUGCCCGCGUCGAGGAGAUUCUCAACAACGUCGAGAAAACCCACUCAUGGGUCAAGACCGACAAGCUCGUCGCCAAGCCCGACAUGCUCAUCAAGCGUCGUGGAAAGGCCGGUUUGUUGUGCUUGAACAAGGACUGGACUACCGCCCGUGAAUGGAUCCGUGAGCGCGCUGGUAAGGACCAGAAGGUUGAGCACCUCAAUGGUUACCUCACUCAGUUCCUCGUCGAGCCCUUUGUUCCUCACGAGUCUAACACUGAGUACUACAUCUGCAUCAACUCUGUCCGCGAGGGUGACUGGAUCCUCUUCACCCAUGAGGGUGGUGUCGACGUCGGUGAUGUCGACGCCAAGGCCGCGAAGAUCCUCAUCCCCGUCGAUCUCGCCUCCUUCCCCUCCCGCGAGACUUUGAUUUCUACUCUCCUCUCCAAGGUCCCCGCCGAUGUCCACGACGUCUUGGCCGACUUCAUCAUGCGCCUGUACGCCGUCUACGUCGACUCUCAGUUCACCUACCUCGAGAUCAACCCCCUCGUCGUCAUCCCCACCUCCUCCGGCGCCGAAGUCCACUACCUCGACCUCGCCGCCAAGCUCGACCAAACCGCCGAAUUCGAGUCGGGAACGAAGUGGGCCAUCGCCCGCUCCAACACCGCUUUGGGCCUCGGUACCCCCUCGGACAACGAUCACGGACCCGAGAUGGAAUGGCCCGGUCCUUUCGGACGCGAGAAGACGAAGGAGGAGUCGUAUAUUGCCGAUCUUGACGCAAAGACCGGUGCUUCCCUCAAACUCACCGUCUUGAACCCCAAGGGCCGCGUCUGGACCCUCGUCGCCGGAGGAGGUGCCUCCGUCGUUUACGCCGACGCCAUCGCAUCCGCAGGCUACGCCGACGAACUCGCAAACUACGGCGAAUACUCCGGUGCCCCAACCGAAACCCAAACCUACGAAUACGCCAAGACCGUCUUCGACCUCAUGACUCGUGCGCAGCCUAACCCCGCUAAACCCUUGAUUUUGUUCAUUGGAGGUGGUAUUGCGAACUUUACGAAUACGAAGAAGACUUUUGAUGGUAUUAUUCGUGCGUUGGGAGAUUAUGCUACGGCGCUUAAGGCUCAUGGUACCCAGAUUUGGGUGAGACGUGCUGGACCUAACUACCAGGAGGCUCUCAAGGCCAUUCGUGCUUGCUCCGAGGCUCUCGGUUUGGAGAUGCAAGUCUAUGGACCCGAGAUGCACGUCUCUGGUAUCAUCCCUAUGGCGUUCAAGGCUCCUGCUGCCGAGACUCAGGCAUAAGGUGAAGUUUGCCGAGGAUGCG